UUUGAUCCUGACUUCCCUGAUCCUUUCCUUCUUCCAGUGCCCCCUUUUAUCACCUGAUAAGACAUAUAGUGUGGAGACACUCUGCACAUGCUCAGUUUUGUGUGUAUUGCUAGGGAGAGUGCAUGUGAUCAGCACAGGACCGAUCAGCAAUCUCCAGACAGAGGUCAGGGCUUCUGCAUCCUCCUAGAGCAGAAAGAAAACUCCUCCUACAAACUUUAUCCAGUGCUCUGCUGAACACUGAUAGAAGUCACAAUGCUCUCUAACUGCUGAUAAGAAAAUGUACUUAGCAGUUUAUAUUUGCUAA